CAGCAUUUCUGUUUGCCUAGAUUAAUGUUUUCAACAACAGUCACACUCCAGAUGUAAAAUCCAGUGAAUUAAAGGUAUUAUCCAAAUAAACUGGACAGUGAAAUGUCAGAUAGCUUGUUCUAAGUCCAGUUGAACAACUAGAAGAUUUAAACUGCCGACAUUUACUCUGUUAAAGGAGAAGUCAGUGCUGACUUUACAAAAAACCCCUAUCAUGUGACAACAGUGGAAACUUGGCUUGUAGUAAACCUGAAAAUAAAAUCGCACGUUCAGCGUUAUGUCGUCGACUGUGCUGAGUCGACACGUUUCAGAAAUUACGGAAAUAUCGUGUGCAGCCCUCUUCUCCUUUUCAUUCAAAGUCUGACGUUGGACCCAGUCCUCUUCUCCAGCAGAAUAUGCAGACAGACGGAGUUCUCACACGCGGUGCCUUUGGAUGGAGCGGUGAUGGAAACUUCACCUCUUUGUGCCCCAAUGGAACCAAAUGGGUUUGGGAUGUGUUUGGGGAAUGUGCCCAGGAUGGGAGGGAUAUGGCCAGUAUCUACCUGGGCCUCCUGUCCAUCCUCUGUUUCAUGGUGUCUUCUUUUCCACAGUACCACAAUUCGUGCAAAACAGGGAAUAUGGACAAAGCCAUUUCUAUUUGGUUCCUGCUGCUGUGGUUGGGAGGUGACUCCUGCAAUCUGGUGGGCUCCUUCUUGGCAGACCAGCUUCCUCUACAGAAAUAUACAGCCAUUUAUUACGUUUUUGCUGACUUAUUGAUGCUGGCCAUGUAUGCAUACUACAAGGUGAAGAAUAGGGUUGAAAACGGGACAGUUUUGUUGAAUGUGGUGGGUGUAGCCUGCAUCCUGGGCUUCACCACGACCCUCGUCCACCUUCCCGGGUUAGGAGCCCAACAAGAAAUGAUUCCCUCUGGGUUUAGAGGUCGCGCCUUGCUCUCAGCCUCUGAUAUUACCACUGUCAAGGCUUUUACCACAAAAGAGAUAAUAGGUUUCUGCAUCGGCUCAGUGUCAUCAGUGCUCUACCUUUGCUCCAGACUUCCCCAGAUAUACACUAAUUUCAAGAGGAAGUCGACAGAGGGAGUAUCUUAUUUUCUGUUUGCGCUGGUCAUCCUGGGAAACACUACCUAUGGUCUGAGCAUUCUACUAAAGAACCCUGAUGAGGACCAAGGAGAGAAAAGCUACGUGAUCCAUCACCUGCCCUGGCUCAUCGGCAGCCUGGGCACACUCUGUUUAGACCUCAUUAUCUCCAUCCAGUUCAUAAUGUACCGCAAAACUCUAGAGGAGGAGGGCAGCAGGGAUGAGACGACACCUCUGAUGAGCUAAUCCAGCACAGUAAGGGUGUCCUGAUGGGACAUGAGCAGACACUAGCUUCCAGUGAACCCUCAAAAUCAUGUUUCCAACACAAAAUCAAGAUGAAAACAUUUUAGUUUAAUUUUUAUAGUUUUAUUUAUUAUACUCUUUUUUUAAUGUUUACAAUGUAUUUUUAUGAGUACAGUAACAGGUGACAGUCCUCUCCUGGGUUCAGCUGCAGUGAUGUGACUCUCACUGCUCAUUUAAUGUCAGAGUUUUAAAGGGUUAGAGGGUUUCAGGUGUCAGACAUUGAGGGAAACUCCUCAAUGUCGACCUGAGCUCCUCUUCAUUUUAGGUCACACUCUCAGUUUGAUGUAACACCUCUGACAGAUAUCAGAAAUCUGCUGCAGAUGGGGUGACCAGACUACACAGAUGUUUCUCUAAAAUGAAGCCAUUGUUUUUAAGUUGCCAAAAACUUUGACAGUUAUGAACUUAACCUCUGCAUGAAGCCCUGUCUGAUCUUGUUUACAGCGUUUCAGAAUAUCUAUCUAUAUCUAUAUCUCCUGUAACUUGAAUGUUUUGCUCUAAUGCAGUGAUGGAAAAGAGGAACUUUGUUAAAAAAAAAAAAAAAAGAAUUAAUUGUAUUUAGUCAUUUCUUAUUUAUUGUUUAAAUCAAGUGCUAUAAUCCAAAAUGUUUUUUUAGCAUUUAUGUUUUUUGUGCAUUUUAGAUACAUUUUUAAUUCUAGUCAUAUGGUUUUAUUUGACUUUUUUUCUCUUUCACAUACAAACAUUUGAUCAGUUUUGUUUGCAUUGGAGAUAAAAGUCACAUGACUUGACAGAUUUUCACUACUUUAAUUUACUCAUUUUCAUUUUUACCAUUUUUUGCACAUUAUGAAGCAAAAGUUGGUUUUGUACCAAAAUGUGAGAUCUGGUUGGUGGGUCAGUGUACUGUAAACAUUAAACACAUGAACAACA